CCCGAGCUGUGCCAACUACGCUUUACGGAAGACUGCAGAGGAUGGUAAAGACAGAUCAUCACCUGAGGCAGUAACUACAGUCCUAGAGCACUUCUAUGUCGAUGAUUGCCUGGUCUCAGCUUCUAAUGAGAAAAAGGCUACUUCCUUGACCAAGGACCUUGUGGCGCUCUGCGAGAGUGGAGGAUUCCAUUUGACUAAGUGGUCUAGCAACAGCCGUGAAGUGCUGUCAUCUCUUCCCGAACACGAGAGAGCAAAGGAGAUCAAGAAUCUAGAUCUGGACAGGGAUGAACUACCGAUGGAAAGGGCCCUUGGGGUGGACUGGUGCAUAGAAUCAGAUUCCUUCAAGUUUCGUAUCCUUGUGAAGAGUAUGCCUUUAACCAGACGGGGUAUCCUCUCAGUCGUAAGCUCAAUUUAUGACCCCCUUGGAUUUCUGUCGCCUUUCAUUCUUCUUGCGAAGAUCAUUGUCCAGAAUCUCUGCCGAAUGAAACUUGCCUGGGAUGAUGAGAUUCCAGAAGACAUAGCAAACAGAUGGGUUGGCUGGCUGUCUGACUUGAGCCAGUUCUCCAGCUUUUCCAUUAGGAGGUGCUUCAAACCUGAGGGAUUUGGUCCAGUAGUGUCGGCCCAGCUGCACCACUUCUCCGACGCUAGCGAGAAGGGCUAUGGCGUUGUUACUUACCUCCGCAUCGAGAACAGCCACGGUCGAGUCCAUUGCUCAUUUCUUCUAGGAAAAUCCAGAGUGACGCCGCUUAAACCAGUCACCGUGCCGCGCCUCGAGCUUACAGCAGCUACCAUUGCGGUAAAAAUGGAUAAGCUUUUGAGGCGAGAGCUUCAGAUGGACCUCAAAGACUCCGUGCUGUGGACAGACAGCACCACUGUCCUCCGAUAUAUCGACAACUAUGGCGCUCGCUUUAAAACCUUUGUUGCAAACAGAGUAUCAACAAUCAGAGAAAACACGAGGCCAGCACAGUGGAGGUACGUCAGCACAGUUUCUAAUCCGGCUGACCAUGCAUCCCGAGGAAUGAAUGCAGAGUACUUCAUGAAGUGUCAGAGUUGGAUUGAAGGUCCUGACUUCCUAGCCAAGAACGAAUCUCAAUGGCCGGUCUUAUCAGAGUUCUCAAGAGAGAUAAGUGAAGACGAUGCUGAAGUGAAGCAUAUGACCAGCACGAAUGUUAUUAAGGCAGUCGACUCAAGCACAGACCCUCUCUUCAAGCUAACUCAUUACUACUCCAACUGGCACAGUCUGAGGAAGGCCGUCGCCUGGAUGUUGAGACUGAAGGAGCUACUUAGAAGCCUCUGCGAAAGAAGGAAGAUGUUUGAGUCUCAAGCCCANAGUCAAUGUCGACCAGGCCCAUGCCGAGCCUGA